AUGUCUGCUCCAUCUUUUAUCAUGAUAGCCCUCCUGAGCUCCUCUGUGGCAAUGGCGUUCGUCUUGCAUCCUUCUGAAGAAGAACCUGUAACACCUGCUAGUCCUGCUGUUGCCAGGAAGGACAGGUGUCAGGGAAAGUUACUGCCCUCCAUCAGGAAGGAGCUUCUUGGGGCUCUCACCCUGCAGAAUGAACCCCGGAUGCCUGCUGGGGGGCUGGCCACUAUCAGAGAACAGUGGAUGGCAACUUCCAGCAGCAUUACCAGAAGAGCCAAGAGAAGUGCAGUUCCUCCAACAGUAGGUCCCUCUGUGGCAUCUGGAGUUGGCAACAACACUGACCCACAAUGCUGUCAUUUCACCUGCCAGAUCUUCUUGAAAGAUUUGGGCUGGGACAAUUGGGUAAUCUACCCUGAGAGCUUCACCUUUGUCCAGUGUACAGCCUUCAAUCCUCUGCUGGACAUGAAGACUUUUCUCUGUCCAUUGCAAUCCCCCAGUGUGAAUGAAACACUCUUACAGAAACCAUGCUGCCAGCCCACCGUCCAGGAUAUGGUGCCUAUCCUCUACAUGGAUGAACUCAGUAAUGUGGUCAUAUCCGAUAUGCAGCUGACUCGGGCAUGUGGCUGUAGCCCAACCGACCCCCAGCAGCUGAAGGAAGAGUAA